GUCAGCGGCUGAAAAUGCCUGCGUCGGGACGGGGGCACGGAACUGCUGAAGGGUUGACGAAUAAACAUCGGAGAUGAAGGGAAUGAAUAGAUUUGGCACAGCGAAAUAGAGGCUGCAGCAGUAACCUGUCGACAUCACGACUGCGUGUGGCCUCCCUACAUAGCGAAUGUUAUAUGAGGACUCACAGAGAAAGGGGUUUGUUCGCAGCAAGGUAGCGAAUGUAGGAGAGAGUUGGGGAGGGCUGUAGCUGCUGGGCUUUUUGGAGAAACAACAUGGCUGCGGCGGAGCUCGAAUGGAUCCCAGAAACCCUGUACAACACCGCUAUCUCGGCUGUGGUGGACAACUACAGCCGAUCAAGAAGGGACAUACGCUUGCUGCCGGAAAAUAUCCAGUUCGAUGUCUACUAUAAGCUUUACCAGCAGGGCAGACUCUGUCAGCUCGGAGGAGAGUUCUGUGAGCUGGAGGUGUUUGCCAAAGUGCUUCGAGCCUCAGACAAACGACACCUCCUGCACCACUGCUUCCAGGCCCUCAUGGACCACGGGGUGAAAGUGGCCUCGGUCCUCGCCAACUCCUUCAGCCGCCGCUGCUCCUACAUCGCAGAGUCGGACGCGCACGUCAAGGAGAAGGCAAUCCAGUUUGGCUUUGUGCUGGGUGGCUUUUUGUCUGAUGCUGGCUGGUACGGAGAUGCAGAAAAAGUGUUUCUGUCGUGCCUACAGCUGUGCACGCUCCACAGUGAGGUUCUCCACUGUUACCGAGCUUUGGAAUGCUGCGUCAGGCUGCUUCAUGUCCGCAACGGUAACUGUAAGUACCACCUUGGAGAGGAGACAUUCAAGCUUGCUCAGUCUUACAUGGAUAAGCUAGCCAAACAUGGCCAUCAGGCCAACAAGGCAGCGCUGUACGGCGAGCUCUGUGCCUUGCUCUUCGCCAAAAGCCACUACGAUGAGGCAUAUAGGUGGUGUAUAGAGGCUAUGAAGGAAAUUUCUCCAGGGCUUCCUGUCAAAGUAGUAGUAGAUGUUCUCCGACAAGCAUCCAAGGCUUGUGUGGUGAAGAGGGAGUUCAGAAAAGCAGAGCAGCUGAUCAAACACGCUGUGUUUCUAGCAAGAGAACAUUUUGGACACAAGCAUCCCAAGUACUCUGACACGCUGCUAGAUUAUGGCUUUUACUUGUUAAAUGUGGACAACAUAUGUCAGUCGGUUGCUAUUUACCAGACAGCUCUGGACAUCCGACAGUCUGUGUUUGGGGGGAAGAACAUCCAUGUCGCCACAGCCCAUGAAGACCUGGCUUACUCCUCAUAUGUUCACCAGUAUAGCUCUGGGAAAUUUGACAACGCUCUUUUCCAUGCGGAACGUGCCAUAGACAUUAUAACUCAUAUUCUGCCUGAGGAUCAUCUUCUGCUGGCAUCUUCCAAGAGAGUCAAAGCCCUAAUUCUGGAGGAAAUUGCCAUCGACUGCCACAAUAAAGAAACAGAAGAGCGCCUCCUGCAGGAAGCUCACGACCUUCACCUGUCCUCACUGCAGCUGGCCAAGAAGGCUUUUGGGGAGUUCAAUGUUCAGACAGCCAAACACUACGGCAACCUUGGACGGCUCUACCAGUCCAUGAGGAAGUUUAAGGAGGCAGAAGAGAUGCACAUCAAAGCCAUCCAGAUCAAGGAGCAGCUACUGGGCCACGAGGACUAUGAAGUGGCUCUGUCUGUGGGUCACCUGGCCUCCCUCUACAACUACGACAUGAACCAAUACGAGGACGCAGAGAGGCUCUACCUGCGCUCUAUUGCUAUUGGGAAGAAGCUGUUUGGAGAAGGUUACAGUGGGCUGGAGUACGACUACAGAGGCCUGAUCAAACUCUACAACUCUGUGGGGAACUAUGAGAAGGUGUUUGAAUACCACAAUGUACUGUCCAACUGGAACCGGCUGAGGGACCGGCAGUUUGCCGUAGCAGAUGCUCUGGAGGACGUCAACACAACCCCCCAGCAGACCCAGGAGGUGGUCCAGACUUUCCUACAGGCCCAGAGCCUUGGCCCCACCCGCCCCUGUCUCGGCUAACUUUUUCCCCCCCGUUUGUUCCAAUAUGGAGAAGAAAAACCAGUCUUUAGUCUGGUGAGACCACAAACAGGAGCCCUAAUGUGGCGCUUCAGUUGCUCACAGUGAAUUAGUCAAAUAGAGUGAGUUUAACCAUCACCAGCUGGUCGGUUGACACGAUUGUUGCUGCAGCUGCCAGUACAUACACAGACACACAUUUAGUCAUAAAAAAGCAAAAAGAUGUAGAAAAAACACCGCCAUUAAAGCUUGUCAGUUCACUCAAACACCACCAUGCUGCGUCACAGAGCAAUGUGCUGCAUUUCUCUAAGAGGAUGAGGAAACGUGACUGAAGGAGGGACAAAGGAAGCCUUCAGACAACCUCUUCUCCUGCCUCACUCGCCUUUAUCUUCUCACGCUGAGAAUCAGAUGACUUUUUGGGGUGCGGGUUUAGGUUGGUGUGGGUGAUUUUAAAAAAAACAUGUUUCUUAGAGUGUACAUGACAGUAUGUGGACAGCAAGAAAUACUUCCAUCAUCACAGACAGAAACAGUUGGAUAUUUUUUGCAACCAUCCAGUUAAAUAAUUUAGUACACUGUACUUUUAAGUUGAAGGCUUCUUGUAACUUUUUUAUUGGAGUGGACAUUAAUAAACCCCUGCUUUGAAGUGCUUGUUGGAGUGGGAAAACCAACAGUGGAAUGUGUUUAAACCAGCACGUAUGUUUUCACACAUGCAACAGGCUUCGUGUGUCUGUUUUUCUGUUGUUUUUCCUCCUCAACUCAGUAUUACAUAGUCUAAUUAAAAUACCAACCAUUUGUAUGCAAA